UGUAAAUUUUAGUGUCGAUCAGCACAGAUCGCUUCGAGUUUAACGAGUUUAGAAAUAUGAAAAUAAAAAACACAUAUUUACUGCUUUUGUUGGUGUUUGCGGUGAGUAUCGUACACUUUGCUAACGGUGAUGGCAUGGUAGAGGUUUUUGGCUGGAAACAAAUGGACUUCUAUAAUCGCGGCGAAAGGGCUCCAGAUGGGAACGGAAAUAGAGGUGGUGGUGGUGGUGCAGGUGGUGCUGUAGGAGGUGGCAAUAAAAAACGACCAACCGGUACAAUCGUAUUCCCUGAUCAACUAAGUGGCUUGAUUAAAAGUGACGACAGAAGCAAGCGUGCUGCCUAUAACCGAAUAACAUCACGAGAUGACUCACUUGUCAAUUUCGAAAGUCGAUUUCAACAUCAAGACGCAAAUGCUUCUUACAUACCAUACAACAAUGUACCCAUGGGCGUGACACACUAUAAGGGUCGCUUAUUUGUGACAAUGCCGCGUCGCCGCAUCGGCAUACCGUCCACGCUGAAUUAUAUCGAUCUGCAGAAGGAUGGCAAACAGACUAGUCCGAAACUGCGUGCAUACCCCGAUUUCGAGACGAACUAUCUAAAUCCGAAUUUUCAAGCAAAUCCCAAACGCAUCAUAUCGGUUUAUCGCACCACGGUGGACGAGUGCAAACGCCUGUGGUUCAUCGAUACUGGCAUGCUGGAGUAUCCCAACAAUCGUAUGCAGGUGCAACGUCCAUCGAUUUGGGUGAUUGAUUUGUCGAAUGAUCGCGUUUUGCAUCGCUAUGAAAUACCCGAGAGUAUCGUGGACACAGGUCGUGGACUUGCCAGUAUAACUGUAGAUGUUUUUGAGCGCGCAUGCAAUGAUGCCUUUGCGUACAUACCCGAUCUAGUGAAUCGGCAGUUGUUCGUUUUUAGCCUAAAAGAUAAGCGCAUGUGGGGCUUCAGCCAUAAUUACUUCAACUUCGAUCCACUUGGUGGCGAUCUGCAUAUCGGUGGCCAAACCUUCCGUUGGGAUGACGGCAUCUUCUCGAUUACACUUGGUCCCUACGCACCAGACGGUUAUCGUAAUGUAUACUUCCAUCCAAUGGCUAGCAAUACGGAGUUCGUGGUGGACAGCAGCGUGCUGCAGAAUGAGGCUAAUGCCGCACGUGGCGAUCACGGCAACGAUUUUCGUCCAUUGGGUAGUCGUGGUGAAAAUCAUCAAUCCACCAUGCAUUCGUAUGACAAACAAAGCGAUGUUAUAUUCUAUGCGGAAAUCCAACGUAACGGUGUUGGUUGUUGGAAUACAAAUAAACCGUUUUCAGCACAAAAUCAUGGGACAGUUGCACAGGAUGCACAACGUAUGAUAUACCCGAGUGAUUUGACGAUUGAUGAUGAAGGCAAUAUCUGGGUGAUGACCAAUUCUAUGCCAAUAUUCAUUUACGCCACACUUGAUCCGAAUGUGGUGAAUUUCCGCGUGUGGAAACAGAAUGUAUACGAAGCUGCAAAGAAUACUGUAUGUGCAGCCUAAUCAACGAUUUUAUAUAGCAAAUAAUUAAAAAAAAUUCCGUAAUUAAAUUUUUACGCCAACGCUGUUGAGUUGUUUAUAAUACUGAUUUGGUAAUAAUAAAUACAUUUUUGUAUCAUGUUGA